AUGGAUAAUGACUUAAGUAUUAAUGAUGUGAAAACAAGCGUUGCAAUCGUUGCCGAAAUCAAUAUUUCUGAAAACUUAGUAGCAGAAGUUGUCAAUCCCAUUGACAUAGAAUUCACACCAAAAUUGAACAUGCAGUUUGACACUGAGGAUGAAGCAUACGACUUUUAUAAUGCUUAUGGGGGUAAAGUUGGAUUCAGUAUUCGUAAGGAUUAUGCAAAUAAAAGCCGUAAGACAGGAAAUAUUACAAUAAGCAAGUUUGUGUGUUCCAAACAAGGUUUUAGGGUGAAGGACAAGAGGGAUAUCCAUACAAGAAAGCCCAGGGCUGAAACUCGAACCAGUUGUAGUGUACUGAUGCAAAUUAGAUAUGACCGCAAGAAGGGAAAGUAUGUUGUAUAUAAUUUUGUCGAAUCUCACAAUCAUCCUAUGAUAAUUGAAGAAUGCACACAUAUGAUGCCAUCACAACGAAGAAUAAGUGUUGCCCAAGCAAUUGAUGUGGAAUUGGCCUGCGAAUCUGGAGUUCCACUCGGUAAUGCAUUUGAGUCAAUGAGCAGGCAGGCUGGUGGGAGGCAAUCAAUUGGCUACACCAAAGUUGAUCAACAAAAUUUUCUAAGGACAAGAGACAGAUUGGAUAGCGAUGAAAUGAUAACUAAUAUCUUCUGGGCAGAUUCGAGAAUGAUAAUUGACUAUGGGUAUUUUGGAGACAUCGUCACAUUCGACACGACAUACAAGCUCGUCCAAAGUAAUCGUCCUUUUAUGGCUUUUCUCGGUUUGAAUCAUCAUAGGGAGACUGCUGUCUUUGAACUAGCAUUGAUGUAUGACGAGACUGCCAAUUCCUUUGCGUGGCUGUUUGAUUCAUUCUUGAAUGCAAUGUCAGGUAAAGCACCACAAACGAUUCUUACUGACCAAGAUGGUGCAAUGGCAAAGGCGUUGGCACAAGUUAUGCCGAGGACAAGACAUUUACUUUGCACGUGGCACAUCAUGGCAAAUGCACAGAAGCAUGUAGGCACCAUUUUUAGGAAUGAUGAAGGGAUUAAAAGUGUGCUGAGUCAAUUCAUGUACUGUUAUGAUGAUAAGGAUGAUUUUUGUAUACAAUGGGAUGUAAUGUUAAGGGACUACAAUGUUGUUGGUAACACAUGGUUGAACAAUUUGUUGGGUUUAAGAGAAAAAUAG